CGAUAACCUAAAGUAUAUGAGAAAAGCUCUAGCUUCCGUUUAAAAUGGAUUCUCUCUCUUUCAUACACAACACCUGUUGUCUUUCCCAAAGAAAACCCUCUGCAUAAUUUCACGCUCAUCUGACCAAAAAUGGAUUCCAAUAACCCUAAUUGGCUCGCCUUCUCUCUCUUUCACCCGUCUUUCUCCUCUUAUCCACAUAAUCAAGAAAAUGGUGUGUCAGAUGAUUAUCUGGCUGUUCUUGGUGGCGACGGCCGCCGGCCGAAGCUGGAGGAUUUCCUCGGCGGUUCCUCUGACGCCGGAGCGGAGGACGAGCAGCUCGACGGCGGAGCUCCGGCGGUGAACCCGUCGAUCGGCCACGACCCGGAUCUCAAGACCCUGGCCGCUAGUUUCUUCAGCAAAGGGUUUCCUGUGGAGGAGACACAGAAGCAGAUGGCGGUGACGGCGCCGGCGCCGGCGCCGGCGCCUUCUCCGGUUGAGACGCCGGAGAGGAAGGCCGUGGAGAAUUUGAGCCACCGGACUUCGAUAUUCAGAGGGGUCACCAGACAUAGGUGGACAGGAAGGUUUGAAGCUCACCUGUGGGAUAAUAGCUGCAGAAGAGAAGGGCAAAGUCGGAAGGGCAGACAAGGUGGAUAUGAUAAAGAAGAGAAAGCAGCUCGAGCUUAUGAUCUUGCGGCCCUCAAGUAUUGGGGUCCGACCACCACCACCAAUUUUCCGGUAACAAAUUAUGGGAGGGAGCUUGAAGAAAUGAAACAUAUGUCCAGGCAGGAAUUUGUUGCUGCACUAAGAAGGAAAAGCAGUGGGUUUUCUAGAGGCGCCUCCAUUUACAGGGGAGUCACAAGGCACCACCAGCACGGCCGAUGGCAAGCAAGAAUUGGAAGAGUUGCUGGCAAUAAAGACCUUUAUCUUGGCACAUUUAGCACUCAAGAAGAAGCAGCCGAGGCUUACGACAUAGCCGCGAUCAAAUUUCGCGGCCCAAACGCGGUCACCAAUUUCGACAUGAGCCGUUAUGACGUGACCGGCAUUGCCAAUAACAAUCUACCCAUCUCAUCAUCAAUUAAUAAACCUAAAACCUUGUCACAAUCGACAUCGGACAAUCAAUGCACGGAUGGGACCCACUCCUCGGACGAAAACAACAACCUAGACCAAUCCCUGGCCGCCACAUCAUCACUCCCUUUCCCAUCGCUCAAUUCACCACCGGCAUUGACUUUCACGAUGCCCAUUGUGAAACCCGACCAUCCAUCGCCAUCGAGCUUGUGGGCAGCCGGCCUAGGCUACCAAAACCCUACUUUCGGUCCCAACACGAACGGUACAAAUGUUGAAGGUACAACUCCGUACAACAUAGAAUUCGGGUCAAACUUGUCGGUCAACGGUGAAAAUUGUUACAAUUACUAUCAAGAUCAAGGCAUCGGUACUACUUGCACACCAUCGAGUCCGGAGGUGGGUACAACUCGCGAUGCAGAGGUUUCUGGCAUUGGCGAUGGAAAUUGGGCGACUGCGGCACCACAGCAGGCGGCGCAAUCGUUGGAAGAUGCGAAAUCGAGCCUAUCGUCUUUCCGAAUGCCGAUUUUCGGCAUGGAGUGAAGAAUAAUAAAGGGUGGGAUCAUAGUGUAAAAGUUUGGGACAAAAAAGAGUGAAAUCAUGUUUUGAGUUCAUGUUGUUUGGUGUGAUUGCAACGUUUAGAAGAGGUGGAGUGGUCAAAAGGUAAAGGUGAGUUAGGGGGCUCUUAUCUAUAGCUUUUUUGCAUGGAUGAGGAACUUAGUGGGAUUGGCAAUCAUUCUAAAGCAUCUGUAUAAGUGUAGGGCAAUGUAGUAGCUAGUAAACUGAAACAUUUGGUGACAAGGUUAAGGCGGCAAAUUAGCAACUGCUCUCUGUUUUUCUUCGUAGUUAUUU